AUGUCUCUGGAGGCUAUCAUCAAGUCACAAUUGAAGACGAAUUCUGUUCAGGUCGAUAUGUCAUCGAUUGCAGAUUUUGGAGAAGCCUACAAUCCUCGAGUGACAAAGCAGUUUGCCGCUCAUAUGCCACUUUUGCUUGCUCCCCCGGAAUCGCGCUUUGCGGAGGCUUCGGAAGGAGAUGAACCACUUUCUUUCCCCGGAGAUAUAUGGACACUUGCAUGCACCAUCUGGGAUAUAUUUGGAUCUAGUCCUACUUUUAAAGCUUUUCCUGUCACGUUGGAUGAAGUUACGAUUGAGCAAGUCGAGAUGCUUGGUAAACUUCCUGAUCGGUGGUGGAGCAAGUGGCCGGAACGAAACAAUUGGUUUGAUGAAGAUAGCCACAAGAAUCGCCAGGGACUGGACUCAGCGGUUCGAGGGAUCUAUACAGCACCCAAGGAAGAGAAGGGAGUUUGA